AUGUGGCUUCUUGACACGGGCUUCUUCCAGUUGGAAGAAUUCAUUGGGGACCAGAUUCCGAAGUAUGCGAUUCUUUCACACACUUGGGACGAGGAAGAAGUCUCCUUUCAAGACAUGCAAGACUUCAACCGAGCCCAUUCUAAAGCAGGCUUCCAAAAACUUCUGGGGGUAUGCAAGAGAGCGAAGGCCGAUGGCUUUCGGUGGAUUUGGAUUGACACCUGUUGUAUCGACAAGUCGAGUAGUGCGGAACUUUCAGAGGCCAUCAAUUCGAUGUACAAAUUUUACAACGACGCACAGAUCUGCUACGUCUACUUGGCUGACGUCCAAGACAAUCGCAUACUUGAUCUUAGUCAGGACCAGAUCUUCCACCUACUUGGCGGUAGCAGAUGGUUUAGCAGGGGCUGGACUUUACAAGAACUGAUUGCACCUCCGAUUGUCGAAUUCUACUCGGCCGGGUGGCUCGAGAUUGGUACCAAGCUGAGCCUGAUCAAAGAUAUCUCUCUUAUCACCGGAAUCGAUGAAGGAGUACUCCGAGGCACGAAAGAGCCAACAGAUUUCAAUGUCGCAUGUCGCAUGUCUUGGGCUGCAGGUCGAGAAACGACAAGGCUCGAGGAUAGGGCCUACUCACUUCUCGGCAUAUUUCAAGUGAAUAUGCCUCUUCUCUACGGAGAGGGGUCUCGGGCAUUCCGAAGAUUACAGGAGGAGAUCAUGAAGCUAACCGAAGACUACACGAUAUUUACUUGGACAUGGCCGAGCCAAUCUGACGAAACAACUCGUGCUGCACAGUACUGUGGUUCAUCACUCGGUAUACUCGCAUCGAGCCCAGAUAGAUUUGACCCUCAAAUGUUCCAAUCUUUAUGCCACCAGCCAUACUCCUCAUUCGAAAAGUCAACGAAAAGUACCCUUUUCGAGCGUCUGGUUGUGCAAAGUCCAUGUCCUGGAGCCUCGUUGGUACCGCCCACGCUUACUAGCAGAGGUCUUUCGAUCAAUGUCCUCGUUAUCCGGAAACCCAAAAGCCCCCAGCAAAGUCAAGAAGAGCAUCUCUGUCUGAGUUGGUACAACUCAGCAGAAGAGUCGUUACUUCUGUGCCUCUCACUAGCGCCUGCCAUCCAGCCGACAUUGAAUGAUGAGCAUCCCUUGUUCACGAGGCCGCGAUUGGGCUCUUCCCGCUGGUUGUACUUUUUGCACAUGAAGGAUCUCAAGAAAGCAAAGUUUGAAUAUCGCACGAUACACUGGAUUCCGACCCCGAAGCCCCCAGUCCCACACGAACCAAAUAAUCAGCCGGUGGUGCUUUCAUUAUCAACCAAUGGGGAUUGUCGUAUUACUGCGCAUCUACUUCCGUCAGCCUCAGUCAGCCUUGGGACGAAUACCUUCAAGCUGGGUUGGUUGCUGAGGUACUUUCGCACUCCUGCCGCUCGUGCCGUGUUUGCGGUUGAUUGCACAGUCUCCCCGGAGCUGACAGCGCAUUUUAUCAUUGCUUUUGGGUUCGUUGGACGACGGAUACCAAUAUGCGGCAUACUUCAAACUGAUUUGGUGGUCGAUGGAAAGUCAGAAGAGCCAUGGGGUUUCAUAAACAAUGUUUUAAAUCGGAGAAAUGAGGCGAAAGCUUAUGAUUUAGCUUAUGCAGACUUACGGCCCGCUCUUAUCAAAAGUGUUUCAGAACAAGGUAAGUAUAACGCAUCCAAGGGCGUCGACUGGCUUACUAGAUUUUCAAAAUUACUCGAUGAAGCGAAAGAUAGGGCGGGACAGAAGUUUGAUGGUGGCACAAUAAAGGUGGCAGCUAGGCGCCAAUUUGGUCAGGACACUGAACAGUACGACCUGGAGGUCACUGUACAGUAUCAACUUUAG